CCAAAAAUGGAAGCAGUUUCCAGUGAGUACUACUUCCCAUUGUAUUCGGCUCUCGGGUAUUUUGCACUGGUUUUUGGAAUUGGAGAAAUUGCUAGAAUCAUCACUGCCAAAUAUGUGUCACCACGUGGAAACUCGCAGCUUUUCCUCUACGAGCUGAUUGGAACAAUUCAAAUGUGCACUUGUGUUUAUGAAAAUGGAAUAAUUUUCAAAAACUACGGAUUCCCGGCGAUUUUCAUCUGCGUCGCUCUUCUCCUCACCGCUGGAAAUAUUUUUAAUCGUGGUGCCAUGACAAACUGUGCUCCAAUUUUUGAGCAAUUCGUUUUUGGAAACCUUGGUUCAUCAAAGUUCUUGACUAUUCUCAGUGCUCAACUCAUCGGAGCAACUUUUGCAUCGAAAUUCGCAUAUUUGAUCUGGAAUAUUACUGCUCCGUAUUCAACUGCUCAUUUGGAGAAUGCUAGCAACUUGGAAUGCAUUUUGCAUUACAAGCAAACCGCCGGAAUCGUUAUUGGAUUCGAGAUCGUUGGUGCAUUUGUUGUUCGUAUUGUUGUUGCUCAACUUCUUGCUCGUCCAGCAUUGAUCAAGCUCAUUCCAUUUGCAAUCUCUGCUUAUUUGUCAUUGGCUCUGUAUGUUGUCGGAGUUCCUGGAUUGAAUCCAAUUGUGGCCACUGCCCGUCUUUAUGGUUGCCGAGGAAUCGACAAUUCUUCAUUCUUCAUUUUGUAUUGGUUCUGCCCAGUCCUGGGAUGGUUGACCGGAGCUUACGUCGUCGGGCAGAAAUCUCCAUCGAAAAAGAGCGCGAAAGAUGUUAAAGCCGAAAAGAAAGCCAAGGCUGCUGCCAAAAAAUCAGAUUGAUAGAUAAUUUAUUGUUGAAGAUUAACUUUCUAAAUCAGUUAUCAAAGUUCCUGCCAUUGUAAAUUAUAUGCAAAAAUUCCAAAAAUUACCUUUUACUUGUUAUGAUUAAAACGUGUUUAAUAAAAUUAUUUCAU